UGCACUUGGCUGGCCUGCUGCAUGGGGCUGGUCUGCUGCUCUUGUCUGGGUUCUUUCCCUCAGGGGUGUGAGGCACAUAUGCCUGAACACCCUGUGAGGAAGGGUUCUCAGGGCCCGGGCCACCAGGGUGAAGAUCAUCACACCGAGGGACUGCAGCCUGGGCCAUUGCUAGGGCCUGUGCUGUCCUACCUGCCUGGAUUGCUCUUGGCUUCAGGGCAAGGAGCUGUCUGGGUACCUGAAGUAGUUGCAGAGAGAUUGGCCUGGGUCUCAUUCCUGGGUCACGUACCUGGGAUUUAAGUAACAAGUCAUCACGCCAUGGGCUUGGAGCCUGGGUCAUGCAUUGCAUGGCCUGGGUUUGUCACCUCCUGAUGAAGUGUUCUCAUCCUGGGCCUGCUGCCUGGGCCACUCACCAUUAUGGCCUGGGACCAUCCUUCUGGAAGCAGUACAUCAUCCUGGUUCUGGGUCUUGGAUGCCUGACCUGGGACCACCAUGGAAGUCUACAAGGUCUUGAGCCUGGGUCAUGCACCUGUAUGACUCAGGACCAACUCUGGGGAAUGCACCGCCAUGCUACCACACUGGAUCAAGAUCUUCCUGAAUCACGUUCUGGAGCCCCAGAUAUAAUGAACGUGAUUGUAUGUUGUGGAAGCAAGCGUGGGCAUGAUGUGUGUCAACCACUGCCCUCGUCAGAGAUCGGGAAUGCUGUAGUGAGGAGCGCCAAGAGCGGCAUUGCCAGGCAAGACUAUUAUGAGCCUUUUCCAGUAGGAGUUCCACCAUGAACACCUGCUCACAACACCCUCAGAGAUGGCUCUUGUUGCCAUGUGACACAUAAGAACCCAGAUCCCCGGAAAAUGCAGAUUAUGCUGACGGGUUUCCUCAACGGUAAAAAUGCAAGGAUUUUCAUGGGAGAGCUGUGGGAUUUGCUGCUCUCUGCUCAGGCCAGUCCUUCAGGGAUCCCAAAACAAUUCCUUGACCAAAAGAAGGAAGAACUUAAGAAGAAAAUGGAAGAGGAGGAGAGGUUGCAAAAAAUUCAGGAAGCACGGCGGGAGCGGGACAAGGAGAAGGAAAAGGAGAAAGAAAGAGACAGAGAUCGAGACAAAGAUAGAGAGAAAGACCGCAAAGAAAGCAGGAGGAGCCGCAGCAGAGACAAGUCAUCACGUAGCUCCCGACGCGACCGAUCACGUUCACCGCGUUCCAAGGAUGACAAAAAAGACUCAAAGAAAGAGUCAUCUAGCAGGUGGGACAAAAAGGAAGGAGACAAACCCAAGGAGGAAAAGAAAGAGGCCAAUGGUGAUGCAUCCUCCAAGGAGAAGUCUUCUGCUGGGAAGUCCCCAAAACGUGACGGUUCACCCAAGCAGGAUGCAGUGACAGCAUCAGCAACAACAGCACCAGUGACAAAGCAGGAGAAGGUUGAACCACCUCCAAAGAAGGAUCGUAGUGAUCGCGGGGAGAGAGGACAUUCAAGGGACCGUAAGAGCGGAAGACGUUCAGACAGGUCCCCAAGAGGCAGGUCACCAAGAAAGGAAGAUGAUCGCAGACGUAGAGGCUCCUCUCGGAAGCGGUCUUCAAGCCCACGCAAGCACUCCCCAUCCCAUCGCAAGCGGUCUCCUAGCCCACGUAAACGAUCUCCCAGUCCUCGUAAGCGUUCUCCUUUGGAGCGCAAACCCUCUCCAAGCCCUCGCAAGCGUUCCCCAGUCCCACGCAAACGCUCUGCCUCUCCUCCCAAGAGGUCAGGGAGUCCUAGAAAGCGGUCACCCUCUCCUAGAUCCAAACCUCGCAGGCGGCCCACCCGAUCCCCAAGCUCCAACUCUGAGUCUUCCAGUAGUUCCAGGUCUUGUAGUCGAUCACCUUUGAGGAAUAAAGAGGAUGACUUUGAAAUUCAUCGCAAAGAAGAUUCUGUUCUCAAGAAGCGUCAGUACCGGUCAAACAGAGAUCCAUCCAGCUCUGAAGAUGAGGGUCCACCACACAAUACUGGUGAUCACCGCGGUGGUGGUGGGGGAGGCUCUCCUCGCCGAGCCUCUCCUCGUUUUGCCCGGCGGUCUGUCUCCCCUCGCCGGGGACGAAGGAGUCCAUCCCCUCGCUACCGCCGAAGGUCUCCCAGCCCUCGACGGCACAGUCCCAGUCCUGCAAGAUUCCAUCGGAGAUCUCCUAGUCCACGUACUCGACGGUCAAUCAGUCCCAAAGGCAGUCCCAGAAUGCGCAGGUCACCCAGCCCCCGGGGUAGGAUGUCUCCAGCCAUGAGGAGGGGGCGCUCUCCUAGUCCCAGGAGAAGGUCACUCAGCCCGCGGGGUCGAAGGUCACCGAGUCCCAGGGGAAGGAGAUCAGUCAGUCCAAGAGGUCGCUUAUCACACAACUCAAGAAGCCGCAGGUCACCAAGCCCAAGAGGAAGAAGAUCUGGAAGUCCUCGAAGGAGACCCCUGUCACCCCCACAGAGGUAUCGUGGCUCCCGCUCACGGUCACCUGUUCGCAAGAAGCAUCGCAGCAAUUCAAGGUCCCCACGAAGAGGAGGCGGUGCUGCAGCACUCAUCCCACCUGCUACAAAGAAACACAAUAUUAAUAAUGCCAGCCGUCUCAUGCAGCUUGCCAACUACUCAGCGGACACUAUCAAGGAGGUCCAGUACAAGCUGACCAGAAAGAAUGAGCCCAACCACAAUGCCUCUGCCAGUGAUGAUUCGGACUCCGGGGACACCAGGUCGGACCGACGGGCAUCCAAACGAAGGUCGCGCUCUCUGGUAGACUCGCCAUCACCAAGGCAGAGGAGACGACUGGAUUCAGGCUCACCAGAUGGCUCAGUGGAGGAGGAGGAAGAGGAAGAUGAUGGCUCCUCCAGCAGAGAGUCUUCACCUGUGGAGAAGAAGAAGAAAAAGAAGAAGAAGAAGCACAAGAAGAAGGAUAGCAGUUCCGACUCAGAUGUCUCAGAGGCAGAAGAAAAGAAAAAGAAGAAGAAAGACAAGAAGAAGAAGCACAAGAAACACAAAAAACAAAAGAAACACAAGAAGCACCGGCAUGAGGAGUCUGAAAGUGAGUCAGAGGAAAGCGUCGGUGGGGAGGAGCUGGAGCGCAAGUUAAGAGAGAAGGCGCUGCUCUCCAUGAAGCGUCAGGAGCGGUCCUCUGUGGCUUCAGAGUCAGACUAGAGUCUGGGUCCUUGUGGUAGCUCGCUAAGGGCAGCCUAUUCUUUGGUAGAAAGUCAGUGUCGCUCUUGCCUCACCCUCUUAGGUUUGAUAAGGUAAUUUUAAGUUUUAGGAUAAUGUCUGUGUGAUGGCAAAGAUGGAAAGAUGACAGUGAUCAAUAUUUAAAAGUAAAAUCUGACAAAUGAA